ACACAGGCAGUUUGAAUUGAGGUGUGGCCGAGUAGCUGGUGGGAUCCAGCUGAGUGUUUGACUAGACUUUUCUCUGCCUUGCUUGUUUGAGCUUCAGCAGAAUUCGAAAUGGCUGGCAGCAAGGCUGGGAAGGACUCCAGAAAGGACAACACAAAGGUAGUUUCCCACUCACAGAGAGCCGGCUUGCAGUUUCCGGUGGGCCAUAUUCAUGGGCACCUGAAAUCUAGGACGACCAACCUUGGAUGUGUGGGUGAGACUGCCACUGUGUACAGCGCAGCCAUCCUGGAGUACCUCACCUCAGAGGUACUUGAACUGGCAGGAAAUGCAUCUAAAGACUUAAAGGUGAGGUGUAUUACCCCUUGUCACUUGCAACUUGCUAUUUGAGGAGAUGAAGAAUUGGACUGUCUUAUCCAGGCUACAAUUGCUGGUGAUGGUGUCAUUACCCACAUCCACAAAUAUCUGAUUGGAAGAAAGGACAACAUAAGACUGUUUAAUGGAUACCUGGUUGUUGUUGUCAGGUGCCAUCGAGUUGAUUUUGACUCAUAGCAACCCUACGGACAACAGAAUGAAAUACUGCCCUCUCCUGUGCCAUCCUCAUAACUGUUGCUAUGCUCGAGUCCAUUGUUGCAGCC